CACUGAUCACAUCAGCGGUCGGCCUCUCCAUGCUUGUUCCAGUUGUUAUGAUUGUUUUCGGUGUAAAAUAUUUGGAGGAAUGUCCCCUAGAGCCUAAAAUACCAAUCUUCCACAUGGUGGGUGGAUGUUUUGGGGUACUCAAGAUUGCCGUCACCGUGUACAGAUCCAUCCAGCGUCGCCAUCAAGGCAGCACCGAUAACAUCUACGACACAGUUGGCCGGGAAGGAGGCAUUCAUGACCGAACCUACAGGACACUUGACAUCAUCUUGUCCUUGUUUCUACUAACCUGGCUUAUACUCGGGACUGUCUGGGUGUUUCGGAUCUGGAAACCACUGUUUCAGCCUCUACUACACAGGCCCGACAUGUGGUGUGAGAGGUCGCUCUAUCUGUUCAGCAUAGCAGUUAUCGUGGGCGUCGACGCUGUCCUCGUGCUGAUGGUCAUAGGUAUGGGCUGUCUGGCAUGUUUCUACACAGCCAGCGGUGUCUCCAGGGGCGGAGCAGCUGAUAGGUAG